AUCCAAUCAGAGCAGCAGCCUGCUCUGAUAAACCCUCAGACUGUUGGUCAGAUGGCAGUCGGACCCGGAGCACCAUGCUGAAGCUGCUGCUGCUGCUGCUGACGUCCAUAUGGAUGAGCUCAGCCGUGGUCAGGAUUGCUCUGAGGCGAGUUCCUUCCAUUCGCACUCAGCUGCGGUCCGACGGCCUUCUGGAAGAGUUCCUGAUGGAUUCCAGACCUGACAUGUUCAACCGCCGCUACGCCCAGUGUUUCCCACCUGGCACUCCCUCGCUACGACUGGGACGAUCCAGCCAGAAGAUCUACAACUUCAUGGACGCUCAGUAUUUUGGAGAGAUCAGUUUGGGGACUCCAGAGCAGAACUUCUCUGUGAUUUUUGAUACCGGAUCAGCUGAUCUCUGGGUGCCAUCCUCCUACUGCGUCAGCCAGGCCUGUGCGUUGCACCGGCGCUUUAAGGCCUUUGAGUCCACCUCUUUCCAUCAUGACGGUCGGACGUUUGGGAUUCACUACGGGUCGGGACACCUGCUGGGAGUCAUGGGCAGAGACACGCUGAAGAUCGCAGGACUGAUCACCCUGAACCAGGAGUUUGGCGAGUCGGUGUAUGAACCCGGUUCUACGUUCGUCACAGCGAAGUUCGACGGUGUUCUGGGACUGGGCUACCAGUCCCUUGCAGAGAUCCUGGGAAACCCCGUCUUUGACAACAUGGUGGCUCAGAAAAUUGUGGAUGAGCCGGUGUUCUCCUUCUACCUGAGCAGGAGAACCAGCACCAGCAGUCCAGAAGGAGAGCUGCUGCUGGGCGGGAAAGACGAAGCUUUCUACACCGGACCCAUCAACUGGGUGCCCGUUACGGCCAAGGGCUACUGGCAGAUCAAGAUGGAGAGCGUGGCGGUGCAGGGUGUCAGCUCGUUUUGUCCUCGUGGAUGCCAGGCGAUCGUUGAUACUGGAACCUCCCUAAUUGCUGGACCGACCAAUGACAUCCUCAGUCUGCAGCAGCUGAUUGGAGCCACGCCCACAAGCCUUGGUGAGUUUCUGAUCGACUGUGGACGAUUGUCCAGUUUGCCUCAUGUGACCUUUGACCUGGGGGGGGUGGAGUACACGCUGACCUCGGAGCAGUAUGUCAGGAAGGAGCUUUUCGGCGGCCGGGAGCUGUGUUUCAGUGGCUUUGAAGCCGUGGACAUUGUCACCGCCGAAGGCCCCCUGUGGAUUCUGGGAGAUGUAUUUCUGACCGAGUACUACAGCAUCUUUGAUAAAGGACAGCACCGAGUGGGCUUCGCCCGCGCCAAACAUCCCGUUGAAUAAUAAACAUCCAUCAAGUUUA